AUUAGCCAGAGGCGGUAGAGGCACAGAGCGGUUCGGCGACGCUCAUUGGCCAGAGAAGGGUAGGCCCGGCGCAAGGCCACGCCCCUCAGCGGCCACGGGUUUGGUUGCGCGGUCGCGGGGGAAGGAGACGCUGUCCUUCCGCAGCGAUGGGAUCCCGGCUCCGUGGAGGGCCUUUCUGGUAUGUGUGUCCCUGUCCUUCCGGGGUGUGGACGGUGCCCGGGACCCAGCCAGCAACCAGUUGAAGACAUUCUCCUUGGAAGCUCUUGACCUGGGGGAUCUUGCCUGGGGUGCUGGCCCUGCCAUGGCAUUCAGGAGGACCGAGGGCAUGUCCAUGAUCCAGGCCUUGGCCAUGACAGUGGCCGAGAUCCCUGUGUUCCUAUAUACGACGUUUGGGCAGUCUGCAUUCUCGCAGCUGCGGUUGACACCAGGCCUGCGCAAGGUCCUCUUUGCCACAGCCCUGGGGACCGUGGCCUUGGCCCUGGCUGCCCACCAGCUGAAGAGGCGUCGGCGGAGGAAGAAGCAGGUUGGCCCUGAGAGGGGAGGUGAGCAGCUGGGCACAGUACCCCUCCCUAUCCUCAUGGCCAGGAAGGUCUCUUCGGUGAAGAAAGGCUACUCCAGCCGGAGGGUGCAGAGCCCCAGCAGCAAGAGCAACGACACACUCAGCGGCAUUUCCUCCAUCGAGCCCAGCAAGCACUCGGGCUCCUCCCACAGCGUGGCCUCGAUGAUGGCUGCGAACUCAUCCAGCCCCACACCUGCGUGCUCGGGACCGUGGGAUGCCAGAGGGAUGGAGGAGUCUUUGACCACCAGCGAGGGCAACGCUGAGAGCCUCUACAUGCAAGGCAUGGAGCUGUUCGAGGAGGCUCUGCAGAAGUGGGAGCAGGCGCUGAGCGUGGGCCAGAGAGGGGACAGCACACCCACCCCGGGGGACAGCCUCAGGAACCCGGAGACUGCUUCAGAGCCACUCUCUGAGCCAGAGUCACAGCGAAGGGAGUUUGCAGAGAAGCUGGAGUCCCUGCUGCACCGGGCCUACCACCUGCAGGAGGAGUUCGGCUCCACCUUCCCCCCUGACGGUGCGCUGCUGGAUCUCGAGAGGACCCUCAUGCUGCCCCUGACCGAGGGCUCACUGCAGCUACGGGCGGAUGAUGAAGACAGCCUGACCUCGGAGGAUUCCUUCUUCUCUGCCACAGAGCUCUUUGAGUCCCUGCAGGUGGGAGGUUACCCAACCCCACUUUCCAGACCCGCUGCCGCCUACGAGGAGGCCCUGCAGCUGGUGAAGGAGGGGAAGGUGCCCUGCCGGACCCUCAGGACGGAGCUGCUGGGCUGCUACAGUGACCAGGACUUUCUGGCCAAGCUGCAUUGCGUGCGGCAGGCCUUUGAGGGGCUUCUGGAAGACAAGAGUAACCAGCUUUUCUUCGGGAAGGUUGGCCGGCAGAUGGUGACAGGCCUGAUGACCAAGGCUGAGAAGAGCCCCAAGGGCUUCCUGGAGAGCUAUGAGGAGAUGCUGAGCUACGCCCUGCGGCCUGAGACCUGGGCUACCACGCGGCUGGAGCUGGAGGGCCGCGGGGUGGUGUGCAUGAGCUUCUUCGACAUUGUGCUCGACUUCAUCCUCAUGGAUGCCUUCGAGGACCUGGAGAAUCCCCCGUCCUCGGUGCUCGCUGUUCUGAGGAACCGCUGGCUGUCGGAUAGCUUCAAGGAGACGGCUCUGGCCACUGCUUGCUGGUCUGUCCUGAAAGCCAAGAGGAGGCUGCUGAUGGUGCCUGAUGGCUUCAUCUCCCAUUUCUACUCCGUAUCGGAGCACGUGAGCCCUGUCCUAGCCUUUGGCUUCCUUGGACCCAAGCCCCAGCUCGCUGAAGUCUGUGCUUUCUUCAAGCACCAGAUUGUGCAGUACCUGAGGGACAUGUUCGACCUGGACAACGUGCGCUACACGUCGGUGCCGGCACUGGCAGACGACAUCUUGCAGCUGUCCCGGCGCCGCAGCGAGAUCCUGCUGGGCUACUUGGGGGCCCCGGUGGCCAGCAGCAUUGGCCUGAAUGGGGCGCUGCCCCGAGAGAACGGGCUCCUGGGGGAGAUGCAGUAGAGGAGCACAGAGAAGGCUGCCUCCCUUCUUUUGGGGUGGCAUCCAGCUGCAGUGGCCAAGGGCACUUGUCCUGACCUUGUCUCGACCCCCAUCAUCUGGGAAGCCCCAAGGCCCAGGGGACGAAUUUCCGUUGAGAGGCAUGGAGCCCCUAGGGGCCUGCCUGACUGCCCUCAGCGGUCCCUGGGGAGGCAGAGGCCGGGCCAGUGGCCAGCAGGGCCUGAGGGAGAGGAAGGUGUUGUGGAGAAUUGAGGCGCAGGCAGAGCUGGGAUGCCCUGGGUGCGGGACCCAGCCCGUCGCUUCCCAUCACCUCAGGGCUGCUGAAGAGGGGCCCGGGAGGGUGGAGGCGAAGGAUGGGGCCAGAGCUCCGGUGAAGGCCUUGGUGUCCCGAGCUAGAAACCACCCUCGGCUGCACAGCCUCAGAAUCCAGGGACCCGGCUCACCAGUCUUGGUGGCCUCCCCACCCCGGCCACCUCCCUAGAGAGUUUGCAAGUCCAGAGACGCAGAAUGGGGGGCGCUUUAGUAGGCAGCAGGCCUGGGCCAUCCCGAGGUGGGACAGAGGUGGGCCUUUUCCCUGUGCUCAUGUCUGCUCAGGGACUGGGCCCUUGACAAACCCAAGCACCAAACCAGGACGCUGUCCUUCAAACAGUCCCUCACCCUGCCAAAGACUGUCAUUUCCUCUCCCACCUCUGCCACCACCAAAGAUGAGAGGAGGUGGGGUGGGCGCGCCCGUCCCCUUCCACCUCCCUCUGUGAGCCCAGAACUCCCUGGACGGUGCUAGGCUCUGAGCUGGGGGCUCUGACCAGGGGUCACUCAGGCCAGGGACCACGUUGGGGAGGUCAGAGGAUGUAUGUGGCUGGACCAGCUCCCCGACCUUCAGUAGGACAAGAAACUUUGCCUGGCACUUUGCCUUCAGCGCACAAAUGCUCUCGGAACUGUGCAGGGGUGUGGAGCCUCUGCUGGUCCUGCUGACGGAGUCCGGUUAGCAUUUGUCCCCGCAGCCAUGUCCCCACGCCACAGGGUUCCCAUCAGCCCUUGCAGACUCACUCCUCUUAGAGGGUUUUCACCCGAGCUGGGAAGUUUUAUUUAUUGCCUUAACACUUUAUUUUGAGAUUCUGCCCCUCUCCAGGUUGAGACCUGCAGGAGAAACAGACUCCCCGUCACGGCUCUCCGUACUCUGGAGUUAGCGGGCAGGCUCCUCGCACCUCAGUCCCUCUGCCCCGAAUGGGAAAGGGGUCCCAGGGGUGAGAGGGUGGGCACACCAGGGGAGGGGGUGAGGGGUGAUGCUGGGUGUGGCUCAUCAUCUUGGGGCCAGGUGCCCAGGCCACAGGACCCAUGGGCACCUCCAAGUCCAGUGCCCAGAGGGAGCAGCCUCCUGAGCAGUAGGGACCCCAUACCCUCCUCCCCUCCAUCCGGACAUUCCGUUCAUUUGCACUUACCCCACGCUGUGAAUGUAAUACUGGGCCUGGGCCUGGCCCACCCUGAUUUGCUCCCGAAUCGCACAGAAGUGGCAUUUUUGUCUUGUCCUUGUUUACACGUCAUGCACUACCUGCAGCACUCGAUUUGUUGCAGCUUCCACCUUUUGUACGA